AAGCCCGGCGGGACAAUGUUCUACUAUCCCAACGUGCUUCAGCGCCACACUGGCUGCUUCGCCACCAUCUGGCUGGCAGCGACUCGUGGGAGCCGGUUGGUGAAGCGCGAGUACCUGAAGGUGAACGUGGUGAAGACCUGUGAGGAGAUCCUCAAUUACGUGCUGGUACGAGUUCAGCCCCCGCUGCCCGGCUUGCCCCGGCCGCGCUUCUCCCUCUAUCUGUCAGCCCAGCUGCAGAUCGGUGUGAUCCGGGUCUAUUCUCAGCAAUGCCAGUACCUCGUAGAGGACAUCCAGCACAUCCUGGAGCGCCUACACCGUGCGCAGCUGCAGAUCCGCAUGGAUAUGGUGGAGACUGAGCUACCCAGCCUGCUGCUUCCUAACCGCCUGGCCAUGAUGGAGACCCUGGAAGGUGCUCCAGACCCCUUUUUCGGGGUGAUGUCUGUGGAUCCCACACUUCCCAGCCCCUUCAGUAUCCCUCAGAUUCGACAGCUCCUAGAAGCUGCAACCCCAGAGAGGGAGCUUGAAGAAGCCCCGCCUGAAGUCCCCGUGGAGCCUAGGAAGCCUGACAGGAUCCCGGUCACUGUGGUGUCUCCAGAGGCUAUCACCCUCAAGGAGGCAGAGCCCAUCCGCAUGCUGCAGAUCGAGGGUGAACAGGAUCUCCCAGAGGUCAGCCGCCGAGACCUGGACCUGCUGAUUGCUGAGGAAGAUGAAGCGAUCCUGUUAGAGGAACGGCGAGAGUACAAGGAGGAGCCCCGGGCCCUGGAGGGGGAAAUGGCAGUACCCCCGCUCUCACCUCCAGCUCUCGCACCGGUGGAAGAGGCAGCAGAGCCACUUCCGGUCCCAGCCCCCGAGGAGGUGAAGCCAGUAGGCUGGGAGCCCGAGGCUCUACUUACUGAGGUGACCCCACCACCAGAGCUGCGUCUGCCAGCCCCACUCAGCCCAGAGAGGCGGCAGCCUCCAGUGCCCCCAUAUCCUCGGAGUCCGCCUGCUCGCCGCCGCCGCCGCCAGUUAUUGUUCUGGGACAAGGAGACUCAGAUCUCCCGGGAGAAAUUCCAGGAACAACUGCAAACCAGAGCCCACUGCUGGGAGUGUCCAAAGGUGCAGCCUCCCGAGAGGACCACCAGGAGUCCCAUGGAGCUAUUCCGAACCCCAACUCAUGCUGGCUGGCUCCCCCCAGAACUGCUGGCUCUCUGGACCCACUGUGCCCAGCCACCCCCAGAAGCACUCAGGAGAAGGCCACCCCCAGAGCCUGAGGAGGAGGUGGCAGCUGAGGAGGAAAGGAGGAUGGAAACUCUGAGUGAUAUUGAGGUCCCAAGGGAGGCCCAGGAGCCCAGCGGGCCCCUCAUGCUGUCUUCAGAGCUCUCUCUGGAAGCGGUGGAGGAAGAGAAGUCCCGCAUCAGCCUCAUCCCCCCAGAAGAACGCUGGGCCUGGGCUGAGGCAGAGCAGCCUGAGCCCCCUGCACUGCCUGUGGUGCCUGAGGUCCCGGAAGUGGCCCUGGAGCUGCCUUCAGUGCUGCCCCUGGAGCCUGAGCUGCUGUCGCUGGAGGCCCUGUACAGGGCCGUGGCCCAGGAGCUGCAGGCCAACAGGGAGCCCGAUUUCGACAGCCUGGUGUCCCCACUCAGCCCCCGCCGGAUGGCCGCCCGGGUAUUCUACCUGCUCCUGGUGCUGGCGGCACAGCAGAUCCUCUGCCUGGAACAAGAGAAGCCAUACGGGCGCCUCCUGAUCCAGCUGGGGCCCCGGUUCCACUGCGCUUAGAACUGACAAAGCUGCCAGGAAACUGGCCACAUUAAACCCGUCUUGCCUGCCUUGA